AUGUCGUCGCGCCAGCCCAGGUUCAACCAGCAAGCCCUCAUCGACACCACCCCUCUACCCGACGACAUCCCCAAGGUCAAGGAGCUCGGAGCCAGUUCUGCGCCCCUCCUCAGUGCCUCGUUCUUCAUUGGCGCGCGAUGCAAGGCCUACAACGAUGACUACAUGAUGUGCAAGACCGAGGCCAACGGCCGGGGAGAGUUUGACUGCAUGAAGGAAGGCCGCAAGGUCACCAGGUGUGCGGCUAGCGUUAUCAAGGACAUCAACGAGAACUGCCUGGAACAGUUCCGCACCCACUGGCAAUGCCUAGAGAACCACAACCAGCAACUCUGGAACUGCCGGUCAGAAGAGCGCAAGCUCAACAAGUGUGUAUUCGAGAAGUUGAAAUUGGAGAAGACGAUACCAGAUGCGCCAAAGGGCGAGACCCCAGUCCACCUGCGCACACGCAACAUCUUUGCGACCCACUGA